CUCUCUCAAAAAUAAGUAAACAUUAAAAAAAAUUUUUUUAAUGUAACAGAGACACAAUAAAAAAUUGGCAAGUCCAUGAUCGGUGGAAAAAUUUAAUAGAAUUCCAUCAUAAAAUGAUUGCUCUAGCAAAUAACAUUCAAAAGGGUGCUGAAGGUUCGAAGAACACAAUUAUGAAAGAUACGUACAAAACAAACUAAAGGGUGACAUAUGGCUAUUUCAAGCAUACAUGGAGUAUUUCCAAAUAUUAAAAUAUGCUGAACCACCAAGGAAGUCUCAAGGAAUUUCAAUGAAACAAUAUCUUACAGAGCAGCACUUCCUCAGACUACAGCAUGAUCAAGUUAGGGACCAAAUAUUAAAAAACCACUAAAACCAAAGAAAUGCAAUAUUGUAGGGGCUAAGUAGGGGAUCCUAAGUAACAUAUCUUGUCUGUAGCUGUAUUUACAUUUCAUAGCAAAACUAAAAAAAAAAAAGGCAACAAAUAACACACAUCAAUAAACAUUUACGGCUGGGAUGUGUGGGGUAGUUUUUAGGUGGUUCUGCUGAUCUUGGAUAAGUUUUCUCAGAUCUCUGGGGUCUGGCUGGCCGUCCUUUGAUGUCGGCUACUCUAUACUCGGAUGACUGGGAUGAGUCCGCUGUUUCAUGUGCUUUUCAUCCCAGAGGCUAGCCCAGGUAUGCUCUGAUAGCAAUGGCAGAGCCACAGGAACAAGAAGAUAGAUUCAAGGUCUCAUAAGGUCUAGGCUCAGAACUGGCACAAUUCUGGUAACAGAGUGCUCCCAUCCCUCUCUACAGUCAAAGUUAUCGUCUGCCCUCAAGGAAGGAACUCCAGAGUUCUCAGACAAAAGGUAUGGACAAAAGUAGAGGUGAAGAAUUGGAACUUCUAUGUUGAAUAGGAGUGGUAGGAGUGAGUGCCCUUGUCUUGUUCCCGAUCUUAGAGGAAAAGCUUUCAACCUUUCACCAUUGAGUAUGAUGUCAGCCACGGGCUUGUGGUAUAUGGCCUUUAUCGUGCUGAGGUUUAUUCUUUCUAUGCUUACUUUUUUGAAAGUUUUUAUCAUGAAAGGAUGUGUAUUCUGUGAAAUGCUUUGCAUCUAUUGAGAUGACCGUAUGAUUUUUACCGUUCUACUCGUGUGCUGUAUUACAUUCAUUGAUUUGCAUAUAUUGAACCAUCCUUGCAUCUUGGGGGUGAAUCCCAUUUGGUUGUGGUGUAUCAUGUGUGGUUGUGUUCAGUUUGCUAAAAUCUUGUUGAGGGUUUUUACAUCUAUGUUCCUUAGGGAUAUUGGUCUGUAAUUUUCUCUUCUUAUAGUAUCCAUAUCUGGCAUUGGCCUUGGGGUAAUGCUGACCUCAUAGAAUGAUUCUACAAGUAUACCCUCACCUUCAGGUUUUUGAAGUCUUUGAGAAGGACUGGCAUUCAUUCUUUUCUGAUUGGUAGAAUUCAGUGAAGCUGUGUGGUCCUGGGCUUUUCUUUUUUGGGAGGUUGUUUAAUUUUAAUUUUUUAUUUUUUUAUUUGAGGGAGAGAGGGAGAGUGUGUGCACAUGAGCGAGUGAGGGGCAGAGGGAAAAAGAGAGAGAGAGAGAGAGAGAGAGAGAGAGAGAAUCUCAAGCAGGCCCCAUGCUCAGUGCAGAGCCCACUGUGGGGCUUGAUCCCACAAUCGUGGGAUCAUGACCUGAGCCAAAAUUAAAAGUUAGAUGCUUAACCAACAGAGCCACGAAGGCACCCCUGUUGGAAGGUUUUUGAUCACUAAUUCGAAGUCCUUCCAGCUUUUCUUUUGUUACUCAUCUCUAGUUUCCUAUUCUCAUGGUCAGAGAAGAAACUUAGUAUAAUUUCAGUUUGUUGAGACUUGGUUUGUUGCUUGUUGUACGAUCUAUCCUUGUAUCUGUUGGGAGGUCUUGGAUAUGUGAAAGCAUCCUCUCUCCUCCUUGGAUGAUAGCCUGUCUCUGCUUUGUAUCAGUGCUGGAUUCCCAAGCAAACCUCAGCAAUAACUCACCUUUGCUUAAGAACGGGGGCAGAGAGGUUUCCCACCGCAUUCUUGAUGGUAGAUGGCCAUUGCUAACUCCAUGCAAGGGUCGUGUUGUGCCAAAUAAGGUGUGUUUGGAUGGAUGUUGUUGCAGCCCACGGGAUGACAGGGAAGCCUGAAUGUCAAGCUAUGGGCACAAGGACUGGAGUGCUCUGUCUUUGCAGUGGAGAGCAGAAGGAAACAAAAGUCUGGGGGAAAGGCUCCAGCUGUCUCAGGCUCCCAGAUGCAUUACCGCUGUGUGGUCAAGAGCUGUUGGAAACCCCCAGUGAAACCUGUACCAUCCAGAUGCUUUGUGCUGAAGGAAAUCAUUUCCUCUGAGCAGUGGGGGGGUGGGAAGGAAAAUGAACCCCUCUGACACCAAAAAGAAGAGUCUCUUCUUCCCGAAAUGCCUCUUCAGUCCUUUCUCCUGACAGUUUUACAUCAUGGCGGCUGGCAAAGGAAAAUAUGUCUGGGGCCCAGAUCUGCUUUCACAGAGCGGGCUGCAAAGGAUGACUUUUGAGCUGAGAGGCGAAAAAAUGAUGAUCGACACAAUGCAUGAUGAACAAAUGAGGGAGUAAAGAGUUUGGACGUGGGAGGAAAAGAAAGCCAGGGCAGCGGGUUAUGAAAAGCUAACUUCGGAACUCUCAAUUCCUAGUGCUUAUGUCUAGCACUGCAACGAUCAGCCUGCUCUGUUUUGAUUGUUUGUUUGUGGGGAGAUUUCUUCUCAUUAAGGCCAUUGCAUUUACAUGAUCAUCUUGUCUUUCUUAUUAAACAGGGCAAAAUGAUUAAGAGGGAGAUAAGUGUGUGUCAACAAACAUGCGCAUUAUUAUGCAAGAACCUUCUUAAAAAAUGGAGAAUGAAGAGAGAGCCCUUAAUGGAAUGGCUAAGCUCAUUGCUCCUACUGCUUUUUUUGUAUGAAUAUCCUAUUUAUCAUGAAGCUCAUGAUUUUUCUUCACUGCCCGCCAUGGACCUGGGACCGGUAGAUUCAUUCAAUGAUACUACAUUUGCUAUUGCAUUCACACCGGUCACCAACGUAACCCAGCAGAUCAUGGACAAAGUAGCCUUGGCCUCCUUCAUGAAAGGUAGAGAAGUCUUGGGACUGUCCAGUGAAGAAGAUAUUCAAGAAUUAAGGACACAUUAUCUUGCAGAAAUAAUACAAGUCAGCUUUUCUAAUACAUUCUCGUAUCAUUUGAAAUUCUCACUGGGAUACAGAAUCCCAACGAUCAAGGAACACAGGGACCAUACAGGUCAUUGUUUUGAAAUGGGUACUGAAGAGGUUAGCUGCCAAGUUUCACAAUACUGGGAAAAAGGUUUUCUGGCUCUUCAAGCCGCUAUCAAUGCUGCUAUUAUAGAAACCACAACAAAUCAUUCAGUAAUGGAGGAACUGAUGUCUGUCACUGGAAAAAAUAUGAAGAUACAUCCUUUUGUUUAUCAAGGAGGUGUUGCCACUGAUUUCUUCAUUUUCUUCUGCAUCAUUUCCUUUUCCUCCUUCAUUUAUUAUGCAUCUAUUAACGUUACAAGGGAGAGGAAGAAGAUGAAGGGCUUGAUGAGGAUGAUGGGUCUUCGAGAUUCGGCCUUCUGGCUCUCCUGGGGUUUACUCUAUGCCGUCUUCAUCUUCAUUAUGGCGCUUUUCUUGACACUUGUUAUAAAAUCUGUCCAGUUUGUCAUUCUGACUGGCUUCGUGGCGAUCUUUAUCCUUUUUUUCCUCUAUGGACUGUCUCUGAUAGCUUUGGCUUUUCUCGUGAGUGUCUUGGUAAAGAAAUCUUUCCUCACUGGUCUGGUCGUGUUCCUUCUUACCGUCUUUUGGGGGAGUUUGGGAUUUACGGCAUUGUACAGGCACCUUCCUACAUCCUUGGAGUGGAUUUUAAGUUUUCUGAGCCCCUUUGCCUUCACGCUUGGAAUGGCCCAGCUCUUACGUUUGGAGAAUGACUUGAAUUCUAAUGCAUUUCCUGAUCCAUCAGACUAUUCAAAUCCGAUCAUAGCAACAGAUUUCAUGUUGGCUUUUGAUCUUUUCCUCUAUAUGGCACUGACGAUUUAUUUUGAGAAAAUUUUGCCAAAUAAAUAUGGACAUCAAUAUCCCCCCUUGUUUUUCCUGAAGUCUUCCAUCUGGUCACGGCAACCAAAAGCUGAUUGUGUGGCCCUUGAAGAUGAAAUACGUUCUGAUCCUUCAUCUAAUGACUCUUUUGAGCCAGUGUCUCCAGAAUUCCAUGGCAAAGAAGCCAUCAGAAUCAGAAAUGUUACCAAAGAAUAUAAAGGAAAGUCGGGUAAAAUAGAGGCUUUGAAGGGUCUGGUAUUAGACAUAUAUGAAGGCCAGAUCACUGCAAUACUUGGUCACAGUGGAGCCGGGAAAUCAACACUGUUAAACAUUCUUAGUGGGCUAUCAGUUCCCACCAAAGGUUCAGUCACCAUUUAUAAUAAUAAGCUUUCAGAAAUGGCUGACCUCGAUAAUAUCAGCAAGCUCACUGGGAUUUGUCCGCAAUCCAACGUGCACUUUGAUUUCCUCACCGUGAAAGAAAAUCUCAGGCUGUUUGCUAAAAUAAAAGGAAUUCGGCCGCAUGAACUGGACAAAGAGAUACAAAGAGUUUUGCUGGAGUUGGAGAUGAAAAACAUCCAGAACGUCCUUGCUCAAAACUUAAGUGGCGGACAGAAAAGAAAACUCAGCUUUGCGAUUGCCAUUUUAGGAGAUCCUCAGGUUUUCCUAUUGGACGAACCAACUGCGGGACUGGAUCCCUUUUCAAGGCACCUUGUGUGGAACCUCCUGAAGGAGUGGAAAGCAGACCGUGUGGUCCUCUUUAGUACCCAGUUCAUGGAUGAGGCUGACAUCCUGGCUGAUCGGAAAGUGUUUCUCUCCAGUGGGAAGCUGAAGUGUGCAGGCUCUUCUCUGUUCCUCAAGAAGAAAUGGGGCAUUGGAUAUCACUUAAGUUUGCAGUUGAAUGAAAUGUGUGUUCAGGAAAAAAUAACAUCGCUGGUUAAACAGCACAUCCCCGAUGCCAAAUUAUCAGCAGAAAGUGAAGGAAAACUUGUCUACACAUUGCCCUUGGAAAGAACAAGUAAAUUUCCAGCGCUUUACGAGGAUCUGGAUAGGUGUCCUGGCCUUGGAAUCGAGAAUUACGGUGUUUCCAUGACAACCUUGAACGAAGUGUUCCUGAAACUAGAAGGAAAAUCAGCUGUUGAUGAAUCAGAUAUUGCCACGUGGGGAGAAGCCCCGUCAGAAAGAGCUGGAGAUACAGAGAGGCUUGUUGAGACAGAGCAAGUUCUCAGUUCACUUAAUGAGAUAAGCCAGACCAUAGGCGGAAUGGCUCUUUGGAGACAGCAAAUCUGUGCGAUCGCAAGGGUUCGCUUCUUGAAAUUAAAGCAUGAAAGGAAAGCUCUUUUAUCACUGCUCUUGAUUCUCGGAUUUGGAGUUUGCCCUCUUCUCACAGAGAUCAUCACCAUGAAAGUGUAUCAACAGAGCUACGCUUGGGAACUUUCUCCUCGUUUGUACUUCCUGGCUCCUGGACAACAGCCACGUGAUCCUCUCACAGGAUUACUGAUCAUCAACAAAACAGGGGCAAGCAUUGAUGGCUUUAUACAUUCUGUGGAGCAUCAAAACAUAGCUUUGGAAGUGGAUGCAUUUGGAACUAAAAAUGCCGUAGAUGACCCAUCUUAUAAUGGAGCCAUCAUAGUGUCUGGUAAUGAAAAGUGUUACAGAUUUUCAUUAGUAUGCAAUACAAAAAGACUAAAUUGCUUCCCAGUUCUCAUGGAUAUUAUUAGCAAUGCACUGCUUGGAAUGGUUAAGCCAUCAGCACACAUCCAAACUGAUAGAAGUACAUUUUCAAGCGAGUCACAGAGAAAUUCGUUUGUAUUUUGGGAACAUACCAUAUUAUGGGCGAUUUUGGCAUCCUCUUGUACUCCUUAUAUUGCAAUGAGCAGCUUCGAUGAUUAUAAGAACAAAGCUCAGUCCCAGCUCCGGAUUUCAGGCCUCUUCCCUUCUGCUUACUGGUUUGGGCAGGCGCUGGUGGAUGUCCCAAUGUACUCCCUGAUCUUACUGCUUAUGUAUUUAUUAGACUACGGCUUAAACUUCCAAGAGUCUGCGUUUGUAACUGUAAAUCAGACUAUACAAAUCCCCUGUUCUAUUGGCUAUGCCUUCUCACUUAUCUUCUUGACAUACGUGAUUUCGUUCAUUUUUCGCAAGGGGAGGAAAAAUAGUGGCAUUUGGUCUUUUUCCUUCUUUAUGAUCUCCACCUUCUCUUUGUUUUUAUUUAUGCUAUUGGAUUACUUUGGAUAUGGUGUGCUGUAUUACAUCACCUUUUUAAUACCACAAGCCACCUUAAUUGGCUGCAUGUUCUUGUUUCUUUAUCAAGUCGAGUCUUCUCUUUGGACUCAAGAACCAACAAGGGCAGAGCCAUUUCUGGUAUUCUUAAUUCCUUUCCUUCAUUUUAUCAUCUUCCUUUUUAUUCUUCGGUGUCUGGAAUGGAAGUUCGGAAAGACAUCAACGAGGAAAGAUCCUUUCUUUAGAAUUUCUCCAAGAAGCAACAACGCAUAUCAAAAUCCAGAAGAUCCAGAAGGGGAGGAUGAAGAUGUCCAAAUGGAAAGAGUGAGAACAGCAGAUGCCUUGAAUUCCACGAACUUUGAUGAGAGACCGGUCAUUAUUGCCAGCUGUCUACGCAAGGAGUAUGCAGAGAAGAGGAAGCACUGCUUUUCCAAGAGGAAGAAGAAAAUCGUCACGAGAAAUGUCUCUUUCUGUGUUAGAAAAGGUGAGGUUUUAGGAUUAUUAGGACACAAUGGAGCUGGUAAAAGUACAUCCAUUAAGGUGAUAACUGGAGACACAAAACCAACUGCUGGACAGGUGCUACUAAAAGGGAGCCGUGAAGAGGACUCCCUGGGUUUCCUAGGGUACUGUCCUCAGGAGAACGUGCUGUGGCCCAACCUCACCACGAAGGAGCACUUGGAGGUGUUCGCUGCCGUGAAAGGGCUCAGGAAAGCCGAUGCGGCAGUCACCAUCACAAGGCUGGUGGAUGCACUCAAGCUUCAGGACCAGCUGAAGCUGCCCGUGAGGACCUUAUCCGAGGGAAUAAAGAGGAAGCUGUGCUUUGCGCUGAGCAUCCUGGGAAACCCAUCGGUGGUGCUUCUGGACGAGCCGUCCACGGGGAUGGACCCCGAGGGGCAGCAGCACAUGUGGCAGGCAAUCCGGGCCACCUUUAAGAACACGGAGAGAGGCGCCCUCCUGACGACCCACUACAUGGCAGAGGCGGAGGCCGUGUGUGACCGCGUGGCCAUCAUGGUGUCCGGAAGGCUGAGGUGUAUCGGUUCCAUCCAACACCUGAAGAGCAAAUUUGGCAAGAAUUACCUGCUGGAGAUGAAAGUGAAGGCCCUCGAGCAAAGGGAAAGCCUCCACCGCGAAAUCCUGAGGGUUUUCCCCCAGGCUGCUCGGCAGGAAAGGUUCUCUUCGGUGAUGGUCUAUAAAGUGCCAGUGGAAGAUGUUCGACCUUUAGCACGAGCUUUCUUCAUGUUAGAGAAGGUUAAACAGAGCUUCGACCUGGAGGAGUACAGCCUCUCGCAGUCCACCCUGGAGCAGGUGUUCCUGGAGCUCUCCAAGGAGCAGGAGCUGGAUGACUUUGACGAAGAACUUGACCCCUCAGUUAGAUGGAAGCUCCUCCCCCAGGAGGACCCUUGACGUGCCAAAACCUCUAUUUCCUUUCAAGCCUGCGGUUGUUUUUUUUGAGGCAUUUAUUUUUAUAGCUUCAAUGUCAGAUUUCUAGAAACUAUAUUGUAAACACAACAUGAUUCUUCCUGUGGUGGAGAGAAGGAGCAAGCACUGGGCAAUUGCAGUGACCGCGUGGACAGAGGCACAUGGCUGAGCCCGCCUCCUGGUCACAGCCUCUGUGUCUCUGCAGGUGGCCCUGAUUCCCUAUUUCUGCAUAAUACUGAAUAAGCAAACUCACUCUUACGAGACUGUUUCAUUUUCUGAGUACAAUAAACACAUUGGGUUCAAUUGUU